UACCACGACACCACUCUCAUCUUAUCCUCCUCCGAUGCUUUAAUCCAUCAGUCGUCGACAAAGAUGUCGAUUACGUACUCUACUCUUUCCUGGGCAGAUGCUGGUACCCUUUCUACGUUUUCACCUAAAACUGUAACUUUUCGCAUACCCAUGAACCAGUUUCUCAAUCCCAACUCUUCUUUCGGAUUCUCAGCUUCUCUUCAGGGAAGUAAUAGGCUUCAGUUAGAUUCUAGACUUGUGCUAAGUAAAUGGUGUAAAGCUCUUCCUUUUGUUGUUGUGAGAAGUGAUCAUCAUCCUCAGAACGCAGACGCACCUAAGCAGUACUCCAAGAGAGAGAAGAAACCAUUUCCUGUGCCUAUUGUGGACUUGAGACGUGCAGCGAGGGAGAGAGUUAAGAACAAUAAAGACAAACCUAAGAGACCUCUCCCUCCUCCUAAAAACGGUAUGGUCGUCAAGAGCCUUGUCCCUCUUGCUUAUAAAGUGUACAAUGCCAGGAUCAGAUUGAUCAACAAUCUCCAUCGGCUCAUGAAAGUUGUUCGUGUUAAUGCUUGUGGGUGGUGCAAUGAGAUCCACGUUGGACCUUACGGGCAUCCGUUUAAGUCAUGUAAAGGUCCGAGUGCUUCCCAAAGGAAAGGUCUUCAUGAGUGGACGAACUCUGUCCUUGAAGACAUUAUUGUUCCUCUAGAAGCUUAUCAUCUCUAUGACCGCCUUGGCAAGCGCAUCCGUCACGACGAGAGAUUCACCAUUCCUAGAAUCCCUGCUGUAGUUGAGCUCUGCAUCCAGGGAGGUGUUGAGAUCCCUGAGUUCCCAACAAAAAGGAGAAGAAAACCAAUAAUCCGCAUCGGCAAAAACGAGUUCGUUGAUGCAGAUGAAACUGAAUUGCCUGAUCCAGAACCAUUUCUUCCUCCAGAGCCAUUGUUAACCGAGUUACCUGCCUCAGAGAUCACUCCACCUUCUAGCGAAGAAGAAACAGUAUCACUAGCCGAAGACACUUUACAAGCAUGGGAAGAGAUGAGAGGAGGAGCCAAAAAGCUGAUGAGGAUGUACAGAGUUAGAGUCUGCGGGUACUGUCCAGAGGUCUACGUAGGUCCAACGGGACACAAGGCUCAGAACUGCGGCGCGUUCAAGCACCAACAGAGGAAUGGUCAGCAUGGUUGGCAAUCUGCUGUGCUUGACGAUUUGAUACCACCGAGAUACGUUUGGCAUGUUCCUGAUGUGAAUGGGCCGCCAAUGCAGAGGGAGCUAAGAAGCUUUUACGGGCAAGCACCUGCUGUUGUGGAGAUAUGUGCGCAGGCUGGUGCUGAAGUGCCUGAACAGUAUAGAGCUACUAUGAGACUGGAGGUUGGAAUCCCUUCGAGUGUUAAAGAAGCUGAAAUGGUCGUUUGAUUUUGAUGUUUAUAGGGAUUACUGCGUCUCUGUUAUUACCACAAUCUAAUUUAAGAAUUAUUGAAUCACUGAAUCUUUUUCAUAUAUAUAUGUUUGUUACAUAGAAAAUCCAUAUUUUAAAUCCAACCAGUGUAACUAGUUGACUAAUGUGACGAUGUGUCUCAUCUUGUGUCUGAAAACAACAUUUGCUUUUGAG